CAUAGUUCACAGUGACGUGUCCAGGCUUUCCGGGUCUCUUUCUGACCUUUUGAACGUUCCGCCGCACGCGGAUGUGUGAGCGCGUGCCUCUGGACUGCUGCGGGGGGUUAGGGAACGUGGACCUGUCGAAGAUGGACGUCAGCCUGGUUGAAGACUUCCUGCGACACGUCAACCUUACAGACCCUAGCUUCUGCCUCGCGGUGGCCGCCAUCGCCUUCAACCCUCUGUUCUGGAACACGGUGGCGAGGUGGGAGCAUCGGACCCGGGGGCUCUCCCGGCUGGUGGGCAGUCCGUCUCUGGCCUGUUACUGUCUGGCCUUCGUCAUCCUGCUGCUCAACGUUUACCGCAGCCACAGUGUGACGGUGGCCAUGAAGACCCAGGCCCGGUGGGACGCCAUGGACCGGACGGCGGUGUUCUGCUGUGGCGUCGCUCUCAUGGUGCUCGGCACCACGCUGGUGGUCAGCAGCUUCCUGGCUCUGGGCUUCACCGGAACCUUUCUCGGGGAUUAUUUUGGGAUUCUGAUGGAGGAGAAGGUGACGGGCUUCCCCUUCAGCAUCACGGAGAACCCCAUGUACUGGGGCAGCACCGCCAACUACCUGGGCCUGGCUCUGGUCGGCUCCAGUCCUGCUGGUCUAAUCCUUACCGCCAUCGUGGGCGUGGCCUACAAGCUGGCCAUCAUGUUCGAGGGACCGUUCACAGAGAAGAUCUACGAGGAGAGGAGUCGGCGGCCCAAACACCAAUGAACGUCUCCAGACUGGAGAUCACAUUCCAGUUCUUCUGCUGAUGAACUCUAGCCUUCUCUGAGGAGUCAGACCAGAGGUUUAGAUCUUCAGUCUGACAUGGACGUCUUAGAUUCUCUUCUCACUUCUUCAUAUCCUGGUUCCACAUGGUCCAUCAGAGAGAACGUCUGAAUGAACAGAACUUUAGAACCUCACAGACAGACAGACUCUGAGGAAACCUUCAUAUCAGAUCAGAACCUUCUUCCUGCUGUGGAGAGAAGCUGCUGAGCUCCUCCAGGACGGUGUGAGUCUGGAAUGUGUUCACACAGAAGACCUUCUGUCUUUAGUCUCCUUUAAAUGCUGUCGGGAUCAUCUGACGGUUGCUAGGCAGAUUUCAGGCUCACUGACAUCAACCCUGAAGGGAAAAACUGCUUUAUCUGCUUUGUUUUGAGGAUUUAUGAGACUGAAGGUUUGAUGAAUGUUUCUGAAACUGUCCAAACAGAAUGUUUCACUCAAUAAACUUUCUAUCUUAUUGAAAGCUG